AAGACUCUAGCAUCCGACGAACCAGUAGCAUCUCAAUUAUCAAGAGCGGCAAGAGAUGGGAUCUCUCCCCGUCCCGAGUGUGCAGGCCUUGGUGGAGGCCACCGGCGGAGACGAUGUGCCGCCGAGGUAUCUCCGGCCAGAUGCGGCAGAGGAAGCGGUCACCGGUGACGGCGACGGCGAGGCUCAGAUCCCCAUCAUCGACCACCGAAGGCUGCUGCUGGAGCUGGACCAUGGCGGCGAGGAGUCUGCACGCCUCCACAGAGCCUGCCAGGACUGGGGCUUCUUCCAGUUAGUUAACCACAGUGUCCCUGACGAUGUGGUCGAGAGCAUGAAGGUCAACAUCCAGCAAUUCUUCCAGCUACCCGCAGAGACGAAGAAGCGAUUCGCUCAGGAGCGAGGGCAGCUCGAAGGCUACGGUCAACUAUUCGUCGUCUCCGAGGAUCAGAAGCUCGACUGGGCUGACAUGCUCUUCCUCUACGCACAGCCACCCGAGAGGAGGAAGACCAAGUUCUGGCCUGACCAGCCUGCUACCUUCAGAUCGACGCUGGAUAGAUAUUCUGGUGCGGUGAAGGAUGUAUCAGACUCCCUUUUGGCUACGAUGGCGAAGAACUUGGGACUGAAACGAGAAACGAUCGCUGACAAAUGCAUCCGUGGAAUGCAGUCUUUCAGAAUGAACUACUACCCCCCAUGCGCCCAAGCAGAGAGAGUCGUUGGCUUGUCCCCGCACUCUGAUGCUAAUCUGCUGACCCUUGUCCUCCAAGUGAACCAUGUCCAGGGCCUGCAGAUCAAGAGGAACGGCAGCUGGCUUCCCGUCAAGCCUGUCCCGGGCGCUUUCAUCGUCAACAUCGGAGAUAUGCUUGAGGUCUUCACGAACGGGAGGUACAGGAGCAUCGAGCACCGGGCAGUCGUCGACCCCAAGGAAGAGCGGCUGUCGGUCGCGGCGUUCCACUUCCCAGACAUGGACGCCAUGAUAGGUCCUCUGAAGGAGCUGACCGCACAAGAAGACGAUGCCUACAAGACGUUGGACCUCGAGAGCUUCAUGAAGAUCUUCUUCGCGACGAAGCUCGAGGGGAAGAGCUUCUUAGACCGGAUGAAGCUGAACUAGCAGCUGAGUGACGGUUGAAGUCUGUUGUUGUCGGUUACGAAUGCCGGGUGCAUCUGUGGUGUCUGUUAUCGUUUCAGUUCCUAUAUAUCCAGUGUGAAAAAUAAAGGAAUAAUGGAGGUUGAUCCCCAGAAGAAGAAACCAAGCAAGUUGGCAGCAUUCUAUGAUUGUAGCUGGACUGAUUUUCUGAAUAUUAUAAAUUAUUACUGAA